AUGUAUGUUCAUAUGCAUAAAGAAGGUAUUUUUCCGAAUAAUUACACGUACCCUUUUGUUCUAAAGUCUUUAUCUGACCUUAAGGAGCUGAAGUUAGGCAAAUCUGUACAUACCCAUGUUGUGAAAUGGGGUUAUGUUUGUGAUAUUUAUGUGCAGAAUUCGUUGUUGAAUUUGUAUGCUUCUUGUGGUGAAAUUGAGUUUUGUCAGCAAGUGUUCGAUGAAAUGCCUCAAAGAGAUGUUGUUUCGUGGACGGUUUUGAUUAUGGGGUAUAGAGAUUGUGGGAAGUUUGAUGAUGCACUUGUUGUGUUUGAGAAAAUGAGGGAUUCGGGUGUGGCGCCCAAUCGGGUGACGAUGGUGAAUGCAUUGUCUGCUUGUGCUAAUUGUGGUGCUUUAGAUAUGGGGGUAUUGAUACAUGAUGAAAUAAGGAGGAGUGGAUGGGAAAUGGAUGUGAUUUUGGGUACUUCUUUGAUAGAUAUGUAUGGGAAGUGUGGGAAAAUCGAACACGGUUUUUGGGUAUUUCAAGAGAUGAAGCAUAGGAAUGUGUAUACUUGGAAUGCUGUGAUCAGGGGGUUGGCGUUGGCUAAAAGCGGGGAGGAGGCAGUGCGAUGGUUCUUCAUUAUGGAGCGCGAAAAUGUCAAACCUGAUGAAGUGACUUUAGUAGCCGUGCUUUGUGCUUGUGCGUACUCCGGAAUGGCUGAACAGGGCAGAGAAAUCUUUUCUUGGUUAAUGAAUGAGAAGUAUGGAUUUCCACCUGGUGUGAAACACUACGCGUGUAUGGUUGAUCUAUUAGCACGUUCAAGGCAUUUAGAAGACGCGUUAAGGAUGAUCACAGAAAUGCCAAUGGAACCGACAAAGAGCGUUUGGGGGGCAUUGCUUGCUGGCUGUAGGUUACAUGGAAAUCAAGAAUUGAGUGAGUUUGCUGCAUGGAAGCUUAUAGGAUUGGCACCAAGAAACUCGGCCUACUACGUCGUGUUGGCUAAUUUAUACGGUGAAAUGGGAAGGUGGAAUGACGCGGAGAAAAUUCGAGCAUUGAUGAAAGAGAGGGGAUUAUCAAAGGACUUUGGUAGUAGUUCAGUUGAACUUGAGGAUCAAAAGGAUCUACUAGAGUUGUUAAGGUGA